AUGUGCUCUACCGAUGUGACAGUGGUUUUAGUGUCUUGGGACUUCCCGUGGAUCAUAUUCAACAUUUCAGCUUGUUACCCGCCGCUAGAUGAGGCUUCUAUAUGGCGCCAAACAAGAGGCACCGCCACUGAAACUUUAGGAGCUGAGAACAAAGCUAAAUCCACAGAGAAGCAUCCUGGCGGGCUUGGAGUUCCUGCUAUUGGCAUGGCGUUCCCUGGCUACGUUACUCAGCCCAAUGGAAUGGGGAAUUCAGAAAUGACAUGGCUACCUAUUUUGGCUGGUGCUGCUGGGGCUUUUGGUUGCUUCACCUUAUAUCACAAUGGAUGGUGCUUAUCAUGCUAUGCCAUCUGGCCAGACCUCUGCAUUGCCUCCUACAAGCUAUCAUGGCAACCUUCAACAGUAGUUUUGGACGGGCACCUUCUAGCAAAAGAUAUCGCGUACGUGUUCUUCUGCUGCUAUUGUGGAUUCGGGAACAUCCAUGCUUAUUGGUCCAAAUGUAUGUAUCUCAUGUGA